AUGAGAGAGAUCAUUUCCAUUCACGUUGGUCAGGCAGGAACUCAGAUUGGUAAUGCUUGCUGGGAGCUUUACUGUUUGGAACAUGGAAUCCAACCAGACGGUUAUAUGGCUCCAGAAGCUAACCCAGAUAGCCAAGACAAUGGGUUUUCUACCUUCUUUACAGAAACAGGUCAAGGAAAAUACAUUCCUAGAAGUAUUUAUGUUGAUUUGGAGCCCAACGUGAUUGAUGAAGUGCGCACUGGACCCUACCGGGACCUUUUCCAUCCUGAACAAUUAAUUACUGGUAAGGAAGACGCUUCCAAUAACUAUGCCCGUGGUCAUUACACUGUCGGAAAGGAAAUGGUAGAUGAAGUGACCGAGAAAGUCCGUCGUAUCGCAGACAACUGCUCUGGUCUCCAAGGUUUCCUCGUUUUUCAUUCUUUCGGUGGUGGUACUGGUUCUGGCUUUGGAGCCCUUUUGCUCGAGCGUUUGGCCAUGGAAUAUACCAAAAAGUCUAAGCUUCAGUUCUCAGUAUACCCAGCUCCUCAAGUAAGUACAUCCGUCGUGGAGCCUUACAAUUCUGUCUUGACGACUCAUGCUACCCUCGAUUUGGCAGACUGUACCUUCAUGGUUGACAACGAGUCUUGCUAUGAUAUUUGUCGUAGAAACCUCGACAUUGAGCGCCCUUCAUACGAGAACUUGAAUCGCUUGAUUGCUCAAGUCGUAUCUUCUAUCACAGCCUCUCUUCGCUUCGAAGGCAGCUUGAACGUCGAUUUAGCUGAAUUUCAAACCAACUUGGUCCCUUAUCCCCGAAUUCAUUUUCCACUAGUCACCUAUGCCCCUAUCGUGAGCGCUGUCAAGGCCUAUCACGAAUCUCACUCCGUCCAAGAUAUUACCAAUCAAUGCUUCGAACCUUACAACCAAAUGGUCAAGUGUGAUCCUCGUGCCGGUCGUUACAUGGCCACUUGCUUGCUUUACCGUGGUGAUGUAAUUCCUCGUGAUGUUCAAUCUGCUGUUACGAGCAUCAAGGCUAAGCGCACCAUUCAAUUUGUUGACUGGUGUCCAACCGGCUUUAAAAUUGGUAUUUGUGAUCGUCCUCCUCAACAUAUUGAAGGAAGUGACAUUGCAAAGGUUGACAGAGCUGUUUGCAUGCUUUCUAACACUACUUCUAUAGCUGAGGCCUGGUCUCGUUUGGACCACAAGUUCGAUCUUAUGUAUAGCAAGCGUGCUUUCGUUCACUGGUACGUCGGUGAAGGUAUGGAAGAAGGUGAAUUUUCUGAGGCACGUGAAGAUCUUGCUGCUUUAGAACGUGAUUAUGAGGAAGUUGGCCAGGACUCGAUGGAGGCUGACUACAUGGAAGAGGAAUACUGA